AUGGCAUCUCACCGCGCGGAUGCCAGUAAUUUCCUUGACAACCGUGGAUACAGUGGCCCGCUCGUGCGCGGAGUCAAUCCGAUCACCCUAUUUGAGAAAGCUGUGCGCGAUCGCAUCACUGACUCCUACUACUGGAAGGAGCAGUGCUUCGGUUUGAACGCCGCCACCCUAUGCGACCGCGCCGUUGAAUUGACCUCCAUCGGCGGUACCUACGGAGUAUCCGAAAAACCGGCGCCCUUUCUUUGCCUUGCCUUCAAACUUCUGCAGCUCAAUCCGGAGCGCAGCGUGAUUCUCGAAUACCUCAACUUCACCGACCCCGGCAGCGACAAUGAGGACGAAGACGAUGGAGUAGUAAAAGAGCGUGGUGACUUUAAGUACCUUCGUGCUUUGGCUGCAUUCUACGUUCGUCUCACCUUUGAUGCGGUCGAUGUGUACAAGACGUUGGAACCACUUCUCCUCGACUACCGGAAAUUGAAGCGCAGAGUUCGGGAUACAUUCACAUUGACAUACAUGGACCAAUUCGUCGAUGACCUUCUCACCAAGGAUCGCGUGUGUGGUACGAGUCUGUGGAAACUCCCCCCACGUUCACAACUGGAGGAUCUGGAUAUGUUGGACGAACGAGUUAGUCCGCUGCAGGAUGAGUUGGAAGAGCUCGAUCGAGACAGUGACAACGGCGAUGAAGAUGGUGAUAAAGAUGAUCGUGAACACAGUGACAAAGCAUCUUCUGGACAGAAGGAUGAAGAUGAAGACUGA